CGGAUUCUCAGCCUAGACAAUAUAAAAACGCAGCUGCGCACUUUCAGGCUUAGACACGAUUUUUGCAACAACCUAACAGGCAUAUAAAAGUUUGUCACCCCUGGAAGAUUUUUUUCUUUGUUAUUGUGUGAUCUCGUGUUGAAACAUGCCGUUUCUGGGACAGGACUGGCGCUCUCCUGGUCAGAGCUGGGUUAAAACCGAGGAUGGCUGGAAAAGAACGACGAAAGACGACAACGAGAAGAAUAACAAUGUUCCCAAGAGCCAUGAAAGCAAUAAAGAUGACUACAACAAAGAAAAUCUGCUCCUCUCUAUUAAUUAUGACGUGGCCUCUAAGAAGCGAAAGAAGGAUUUGCUGAACAACAACAGCAAGGUUCCCUAUUUUCACAAAGAUAAGUGGAUUUACGUGCACAAAGGAAGCACCAAAGAGCGUCAUGGCUACUGUACACUGGGAGAAGCUUUUAAUCGCUUGGACUUCUGCAGUGCCAUCAAGGACACCAGACGAUUUAAUUAUGUUGUGAGGCUGCUUGAGCUGAUCGCCAAGUCACAGCUACCAUCUCUGAGCGGAGUGGCGCAGAAGAACUACAUGAACAUUCUGGAAAGAGUGGUGCAGAAAGUUUUGGAAGAUCAACAGAAUGUAAGGCCCAUCAAAGAGCUGCUGCAGACGUUGUAUGUGUCACUCUGCAGCCUGGUGCAGGACAUGGGCAAGUCCGUGCUGGUGGGAAACAUUAAUAUCUGGGUGCACCGCAUGGAAAACAUCCUGCAGUGGCAGCAGCAGCUGGACAACAUUCAGAUUAACAGGCCCACAAGCACCGGGAUGACUCUCCUGGACUUGCCUGUCAGUCUCCAGCUGAACAUCAUGCAGAGGCUCUCAGACGGACGAGACCUGGUCAGUCUGGGGCAGGUGUGUCCUGACCUCGGGGUACUGACUGAGGACAGGCUGCUGUGGAAGAAUCUCUGCCAGUACCACUUCACGGACAGACAGAUUCGCAAGCGACUCAUGGUUUCAGAUAAAGGUCACCUCGAAUGGAAGAAGAUGUACUUUAAGCUGUGCCGGUGCUACCCUCAUAAAGAGCAGUAUAGCGACACCCUGCAGUUCUGCACACAUUGCCACAUCCUGUUCUGGAAGGAUACAAACCAUCCCUGCACAGCCAACAAUCCAGAGAGCUGCAGCAUUUCCGUUUCUCCACAAGGUUUCAUCAACCUCUUUAAGUUCUGAAGGGACUCUCUGUUUGGAUUACCCUGUUUGUAUAUAGUGUAUAUUAAAGUUCGAAAGUGCAAUAGAUACCCAGAUGGUAUGAGAGAAGAGAUUCAGCAUGUUGGAGGAAGUCAGCAUGAGGAAUUUUGGAUUUUUUGGAAGUUUGAAAAUAAAUAAUCUGAAAAAUGGAAAAAGGAAAAAUAUCAGUAUGUAACAAUUCAUGUAUUUUGUUAAGCACGACUUCGUUUACUCCCAAGAGUAAUGUGCUUUGCUUGUGAGCGAUUUGCAUUACAGUCUGCCCUCAUGCUGCAAUACUUUAUACUUUAUAUAAUUUGGGAUUUUUUUUUAUAUGAUAUGAGAGUGGAUGAACUUCUGUUGGAAUGUGAGGGGAAAUUGUAUGUCCAUUAUUAUGGUGUGCAAUACUUUUUCUAUGGAACUUCUUUUCCACUUUUUAUACGUUUGAUCAUUUCGUUUUGUUGAAAUGUAUUUGCUGCAGUAAAAGAAAUACACACUUGACUAUAGUACAGCCUGUUACAACACUACAGUGUAAUAAACAAUGUCAUCAUUCACUGGUUUCACAAAUACAAAUCUGUAGUCUGUGCACUUUGAAACAUUUGUCAUUGUAACGACACCUUCACAUGUUGCCUUUUUGUGCAUACCAACACACAGAACAUAGAAAUAUUACUGAGCUAUGCAUUAAUAUUUGUAGCACACAUUUCUGCAAUCUGAAUGUUUACUACCACCUGCAUGGUAUGAAUUUUGAUACCAAAGAGCUGCUUAUUUAUUUUACUCUGUGGCAUAAUGUGUUAUUCUGACCAGGAAGAUAGAGGUCCUUUUUUUUUUUUUGUUUUUUUUUUAAUUGCAAUAACUCACUUGUGUUCAGUUAUGCAAACAUUGAUAUUCUUGGAGAGCAAGCCAAAACACAUCCUGCUCUCAAAGGCUGAAAAUAAACCAUGGUCUUCUA